AUGGCUGCUAUAUGGAAAACGACAGCUAUGCUAACAUGGCUUCUUGCUGCAGACUCAGUAAACUGUCUGCCACAGCCAGCAGCCGCUACUGCUGAACAAGUCUUGAAACAAUCAGCAACACAUCCAGAUUCAGCUUUCAAAACUCAGUACCCUCCAUCAAAUCAGCGAAUUGCCAUACCAGCAGCAGAACCAGAUUAUCGAGUUAUCCUCGACAACCGCGGUCACCCAUCACAGCUUCCUUUUCCAACUGUCGACGUUGGUCGCCUCCUGGACGGCAUCGGCGGGUUGCUGUUGCCUCCUUCUACCUCCUUACCAGCUGUACAUCAGCCCACAGACACCACCGACACACCAAACGACAACUCCCCAGAUCCGGCAUCUACUGUUGUUUCAGAUCCGAUUUCCACCAUACCUGUUGGUACAAUGAAUAACCAAAACAUCUUCGAGCCCGUUGCGACUGGCGCAGUUCCCGCCAAUAUCAAGACUCGCCACGACCAUCCGGUUCAAAACAAACAUGCCAAUGCCACCAAUCCAAUUGAGACCAACAAGUUCUACGCUGGUCUCUUCUUGGGCUCGCAAACCAAUUCUAGCUUCACUCAGCCCUACUCUGUCGCCUGGUCGCGAGGAGGUGGAAACCUCAAGAGCUGGGGUAUGAGUGUCUCUCAUGUGGAAGCCAAUGUCCUUGCCUAUGGUCCCAAGAACCCCACGCUUCCUGGAAGUCCAGUCGGUUACUACAUCAACCCAAUCGGUCUUCAGCACGUUAUUCUGUCAGCAUCGGAGCUGGAUGAGUCCAGUGUCUUGAACGUUGAGGAGCCCAAGGCAUUCUCAGCCAACGCUGUCCUCAAGCGAUCGGGCGGUUCCGCUCAGAGCAUCACAUUCCCUAUUGUCCAGGGUAUGGGAUAUGUGACCGGCGUGUACAGUGAUCUGCAGCCCCUCGUUGAGAGCGGCAUUUUCUUCCGCAAGGUUGUCAAUGCCGGAUCCCCCAAGCCUGGUAUCUUCAAGUACCAGCUUUUCCUCGAGGAUGACACCGUCUGGUUGCUUUACGCUACUCCCGAUGAUGGGAAAGACCCUGAGUUCAAACUGGUCACCAGUUCUAGCCUUCGCGGCCCUGCUGGGUUCAGCGGGACCGUUCAAAUCGCCAAGAAUUCCGGCGGCAUUGCGGGUGAGAAGUUCUUUGACAACUCUGCUGGUGUUUAUCCUGUUGAGGGUGCCGUUUCUGGUGCUGUCACCGGCACUGCAGGCACUUAUAGCCUGUCUUGGACCAAGGCUGGUAAAAAUGCUCAGGGCACUCCCCUCAUCAUGUUCGCUUUGCCUCACCAUGUCGAGUCAUUUGAUGUUAGUACUCGUGCUCGCGCCACUGAUAUUCACCUUCGCACUACCACCAAGGGAAAUGCGACUGCUGUUAUUGGAGAGAGCUGGAUUAUGGCUGAGCCAGAUCUGCCGAUGGACAUGGGAUUCGCUCCGUGGUCAGCUACCAAGGGCAAUGUUCACACAUUGUCUGCGGAUGCCCAGCGAGCUAUUGUCCAAAUUGCCCCUGUUGAGCUGCAGCAGGACAUCGAUGGCCAAACCAAUCUGAACAGCAUGUACUACAGCGGCAAGGCCCUGAGUAAGUUUGCGACCUUGGUUUGGACAGUCAGCAACCUAGGCAAUAACCCUGAUGUCGCGCACGCUGCCCUGGUGGAACUCAAGAAGUGCUUUGCUCGCUUUGUGCAGAAUCAGCAGCAGUAUCCACUUGCUUAUGAUUCGGUCUGGAAGGGAGUUGUGUCAACUGCCGGCUAUGAUGGUGACUUGAACGCCGACUUUGGCAACACUGCUUACAACGAUCAUCAUUUCCACUAUGGCUACUUCAUUCAGGCCGCGGCGAUCAUUGGUUCCCUUGAUCCGACCUGGCUGGCUCAAAACAAGGAGUGGGUCAACAUGCUUGUCCGUGAUGCCGGCAACUCUGUCGAGGAUGACCCCUACUUCCCCUUCUCGCGCUCCUUUGACUGGUUCAAUGGUCACUCGUGGGCAAAGGGCCUCUUCGAAUCUUUCGAUGGAAAGGACCAAGAGUCUACUUCUGAAGAUACCAUGUUUGCCUAUGCUAUCAAGAUGUGGGGCCAGACUACCGGUGAUGCCAGUAUGGAGGCUCGUGGAAAUAUGAUGCUGGCCAUCCUCCGCCGCUCGCUUCACAACUACUUCCUCAUGGAGAGCAACAACACCAACCAGCCAUCCAACUUUAUCGCGAACAAGGUGACGGGCAUUCUGUUCGAGAACAAGGUUGACCACACCACCUACUUUGGUAGCAACCUGGAGUACAUUCAGGGCAUCCACAUGCUGCCUCUGCUGCCGAACUCGGGUUAUACCCGUCAGCCACAGUUUGUUGCUGAGGAGUGGCAGGCUAUGUUUGCUGCCAACGCUUCCACUCCUGCGGCCGAUGUAGAUGGUGGUUGGAAGGGUAUUCUGUUUGCAAACCUUGCCCUGGUCGAUCCUCAGGCAUCGUGGGACUUUUUCGCCCAGCACAAGUUUGACUACAGCUGGAUCGAUGGUGGUGCUUCCCGUACCUGGUACCUUGCCUAUGCUGCCGGUCUCGGUGGUGGCCCUUGA